AUGAGGAAGUCAGUUGUUGGUCCAGCCAGCAGCAACACGGUCACAAGACUUGUUUCAAGAUUUGCCAUUGUCUUGCCAGGGAAGAUGGCCACGACCUUGGCUGUCUCUAUGGCAUUGUUGCUAUUGGUGACAUGGUCGUUCUUUACUUCUGCCCAACCCUCUUCCGAUGACGAACCCCAUAACAUGCUUACGGAUGACGAACACAACAUAGAAAAGAGAUGUGUACCGUCCUCCCGGUGUUGCCGAUUUCCGGAGUUGAGCGAAGAAUUCCUAGACUGUUGUAACAUCGAAGGCUGCUGCCCCAAAUGCGACGAAUAUCUAGUCCACAAAGGGUUUGGUAGUUUCCAAAUUAAGUUGGACUGUUUGGGAGCUUACGAGUGCUGUAUCUACCCAUUCGUUUCCGACUCUUUCAACGAGUGCUGUAAUAAAUAUGGAUGCUGUCCUGUGUGUCGCAAUGUAGCGAAAGGUUGCUGCUACAACCACGCCAUGUACACAUGGGGAAGUGUAAUAGAGUCCUUCCCAGAGUGCUGUACUGAUUUGGUUUGUGCAGCAAAGGUAACUAACUCGACUCCAUACCUUGAGGCUGUGGUGGUCAGUGUGCAGUAUCCUCCCACGAGUAAUGAUCAAGACUGUAAUGAAGUAGAGAACGACUACUGCGUUGAUUCAAAUGGAAUAAUCCAUCCUGUGGGCUCUGAAUGGUUUGUGAGCGCUUGUGAGUUGUGUCGGUGUGACAAUGGCGUAAUUAAUUGUCGCCGCGUGAGAAUUCCAUGUCCACCUCCCCCGCACCCCCACUGUAAGGAGUUGCCCGGAAAUUGCUGCCCUACUUGGGAUUGUGAUAAACUUAAUGGCUCCUGUGUGGAUAGCGACGGUAGAAUGCACAAAUUGGGUGAUGAGUGGUGGGACCUGCAGGACCCCUGUGUCCACCACAGGUGCACACGGGCUGGGAUAACCACAGCGGUGAAAGACUGUCCUCGACCUCCCCCUCCGCCCCACCCGAACUGUCGGCUGGUAAAGGACGAUGAUGAAUGCUGUCAGAAGUGGAGCUGCUUGGGUUGUGUUGACCAGUAUGGAGUACAUCAUAAUGAGGGAGACACUUGGCCAGACACCGCUGAUCCUUGCACAUAUUGGCUGUGUAUACGAAAUGGCAUUAAAAAACAACCUCGUGAAGACUGUCCGCCUCUCGGCCCUCGACCCCACACUGGGUGCAGUGUGGUUAUAGACGACUGCUGCAGGAAGUGGAACUGCUCUGGCUGUGUUGAUGAAUAUGGGGUAUACCAUGAUAUUGGAGACACCUGGCCCCACCUAUCGGAUCCUUGCCUUGGCUUCCUGUGUACACGAAAUGGCAUUGUAAAAAAGUCUGCGAGGGACGACUGUCCACUUCAAGGCCCAAGACCACAUUCUGGAUGUAAAGAAGUUACUGAAAACUGCUGCAAGAAGUGGGAUUGUUUUGGCUGUGUUGAUGAAUAUGGGGUACACCAUGAUAUUGGAGACACCUGGCCCCACCCAUCAGAUCCUUGCCUUAGCUUCCUGUGUACACGAAAUGGCAUUGUAAAGAAGUUUGUGAGGGACGACUGUCCACCUCGUGGCCCUAGACCACAUUCUGGAUGUAAAGAAGUUACUGAAAAUUGCUGUGAGAAGUGGGACUGCUUUGGUUGUAUAGACCCUAAUGGCGUUCACCACGAUUUGGGACAUACAUGGCCAGCUGGUCCAUGUACUCUUUGGACUUGUACAAGGCAUGGUAUUGUAAAGAAACCUCGUCGGGAAGACUGCCCCCCUCUUGGCCCAAGACCGAACAGAACUUGUGAAAUGGCAGAAAGGGACUGUUGUGAUGUUUGGGACUGUGUGGGUUGUGUUGAUGCAAAUGGUAUACAGCGGAAGAUUGGGGAAGAAUGGUAUGAUCCGCUGAACCCCUGUAUACAUUGCGUGUGUAAAAUUCAUGGCAUUGAGAAGACUCGCAAAAUUUGUCCUAGACCAGUCCCUCGUCCUCAUCCUGAAUGUGAACGUGUUGUAGAGAACUGCUGCCAUAAGUGGAAUUGCUUGGGCUGUGAAGACGACUUCAAAGUGCAUCACAACAUUGGAGAGACUUGGGUGGACCCAACUGAUCCCUGUGUGACCUGCCUGUGUACUUCCUUUGGUAUAGUGAAGACCAGGAAAGACUGUAGACCUCUGGGUCCUCGACCUAAUGCUGGUUGUAAGGUCGUCAUUGAAGACUGCUGCCAGAAGUGGGACUGUGGCAAGGACUGUGUAGAUGAGAGUGGUGUAUCUCACAAUCUGGGAGAGACUUGGGUGGACCCAACUGAUCCCUGUGUGACCUGCCGGUGUACAUCCUUUGGUAUAGUGAAGACCAGGAAAGACUGUAGACAUCUGGGUCCUCGACCUAAUGCUGGUUGUAAGGUUGUCAUUGAAGACUGCUGCCAGAAGUGGGACUGUGGCAAGGACUGUGUAGAUGAGAGAGGUGUAUCUCACAAUCUGGGGGAGACUUGGGUGGACCCAACUGAUCCCUGUGUGACCUGCCUGUGUACAUCCUUUGGUAUAGUAAAGACCAGGAAAGACUGUAGACCUCUGGGUCCUCGACCUAAUGCUGGUUGUAAGGUUGUCAUUGAAGACUGCUGCCAGAAGUGGGACUGUGGCAAGGACUGUGUCGAUGAGAGAGGUGUAUCUCACAAUCUGGGAGAGACUUGGGUGGACCCAACUGAUCCCUGUGUGACCUGCCGGUGUACAUCCUUUGGUAUAGUGAAGACCAGGAAAGACUGUAGACCUCUGGGUCCUCGACCUAAUGCUGGUUGUAAGGUUGUCCUUGAAGACUGCUGCCAGAAGUGGGACUGUGGCAAGGACUGUGUAGAUGAGAGAGGUGUAUCUCGCAAUCUGGGGGAGACUUGGGUGGACCCAACUGAUCCCUGUGUGACCUGCCUGUGUACAUCCUUUGGUAUAGUGAAGACCAGGAAAGACUGUAGGCCUCUGGGUCCUCGACCUAAUGCUGGUUGUAAGGUUGUCAUUGAAGACUGCUGCCAGAAGUGGGACUGUGGCAAGGACUGUAAAGAUGCAAGUGGAUUCUCACAUAAUCUAGGGGACACUUGGGUGGACCCAACUGAUCCCUGUGUGACCUGCCUGUGUACAGUCUUUGGUAUACAGAAGUCGAGCAAGCUGUGUCCAUCUCUGGGUCCUCGACCUGGUCCUGGUUGCAGGGUUGUCGUUGUUGAUUGUUGCCAGAAGUGGGAUUGUGGCGAGGACUGUAAGGAUCAGAAUGGUGUGCAUCAUAAUGUGGGAGAUACUUGGGUAGACCCAAGAGAUCCCUGUAUGACCUGCCUGUGUACAUACUCUGGUAUUGUUAAGUCCAAGAAAGACUGUCCAUCUCCUGGUCCUCGACCUAAUGCUGGUUGCAAGAUUGUCGUUGAAGACUGCUGCCAGACGUGGGACUGUGGCAAGGACUGUAAGGAUCAGAAUGGUGUGCAUCAUAAUGUGGGAGAUACUUGGGUGGACCCAAGAGAUCCCUGUAUGACCUGCCUGUGUACAUACUCUGGUAUUGUCAAGUCCAAGAAAGACUGUCCAUCUCCUGGUCCUCGACCUAAUGCUGGUUGUGAGAUUGUCGUUGAAGACUGCUGUCAGAAGUGGGACUGUGGCAAUGGAAGUGGUGGUUGUAAAGAUACAAAUGGAGUGGACCACUACUUGGGAGAAGAGUGGAGGGAUCUUCUGGAUCCUUGUGUGCAUUACUUGUGUACUGGAGAAGGGAUACAGGUUCAGGUGACGGACUGUCCUGACCCCAUAGUGCAGCCAGGGUGCUACCCAGAAGAGAAGGAAGACGUUUGCUGCCAAACUUGGAAUUGCCCGACUUGUCCAGAGGUGAACAUGACUUCCUGUCCUAAACGUGUUGACUAUUGUGCCAGUGAUGAAGACUGUGACGAGGAUCACCGCUGCUGCCAAGAAAACUGUGGCAAGAGAUGCUUUAGAUUAUGCAUGGAUGAGGAUGGGGUGAUGCACUAUGAAGGAGAAGUGUGGCAGGACCCCAAUGAUCCCUGCACCACUCUUUACUGUCGGUCACAUGGCAUUGACAAGAUUUCUAUAUACUGUAGACCAGGAGCUCCACCCCACCCAACCUGCAUCCUCGUUUCUGAUGGAAAUUGCUGCUGGAUUUGGCAGUGCUCGUCCUGUGUAGAAGAUGGAGAAACCCAUGAGGAGGGGUCCCAGUGGUCUGACCCUGAGGAUCCUUGUAUAAUGUUUACAUGCACUCGGGGGAAUAUAGAGACGCAUCCAAUAUUCUGUAGCCGUGUCCCUCCACCACACCCAAACUGUGUCCUGACCAAAGAAGACGGGGAAUGCUGUCCUGUGUGGAGUUGUCCGUCCUGUACAGAUGACAAAGGCGACAGCCAUAUUGAGGGUUCCACAUGGAUUAACCCAUAUAACCCCUGUGAGAUAUGUUUCUGCAUUAAUGGUACCAUCACAAAAGAGCCAAUAGUAUGUCUUGCAUAUUCUCCCAGUUCACACUGUCGACAAGUCAAUGACUCUGGGUGUUGUCCAACCUGGAAGUGUCCAAAUUGUGUGGAUGAAUAUGGCGAAGAGCAUUAUUUGGGAGAAGAGUGGUCAGACCCGCAAGACCCCUGUGUACAUCUACGAUGUACAGAAGAUGGGAUAAAGUUCUUGCCUGUCGAGUGUGACCUCCCUCCUCAUCCCACCUGUUACCCUGUACUGAAGGAUGGAGACUGCUGCCUAACUUGGAGAUGCCCAGGGAUAUGCCCACCAAUACAGCAGUUAAAUGUCCAAUGUUUCCGGUUCCAAAAUGACUGCAGGACUGACAAAGACUGCAAGGAAGAGGAAUACUGCUGCCCAGUUGUUUGUGGAGUAGGUUGUGUGAGGUUUUGUAUAGAUGCAUCUGGAGUGAGGCAUGAUGUGGGAGAAACUUGGCAAGACCCAGAAGAUCCCUGCACAACAUUCUCAUGCCUACCAAACGGCAGCAUCCAUAAUACAACCAAAAUUUGCUCGGCAGGGAAUCGGCCCCACUAUGGAUGUAAACUUGUUGAGGAUGGACAGUGCUGCUGGGUCUGGGAUUGCCUAAAUUCGACUUGUCCAGACCCAAACAGCUUUGGACGUAACUGUUUACAGUACUACGACCAGUGUCAAAGCGAUUUGGACUGCAAGUCAGGAAUGCAGUGUUGUCUUGUGGCUGGAUGUGGUAAAGAAUGCAUGAGUGGAAAUGAUGACAGGUGUCCUGAUACGACCGGAAUAGUUACACCCUGUGUAGUUACUGAAGAAGACUGCAGCACUGAUGAAGACUGUGAAGGAAUCCUCAGAUGUUGUCCUUAUGGCUGUAGCAAGAAGUGUCUUGUUCCUGGAUCAGAGUGUCCCACACAUUGCCCUCCCAUCCACAUGCCAGUGUGUGGUUCAGAUGGCAAAGUCUACUCUAGCGAGUGCAAGCUUAAACAGUGGUCCUGCAGGACGCCGUACCUCAAGAAAGUAAAAGAUGAAUAUUGUUAAGAAAUGAAAAGAACUUACUGUAGCCCACCCCACCCAUGUCCCUGGAUGAAGAUUAACAUGGACCUUCAACUCGAAUGUUAUCCUUGUUUACUUUUCUAAACAUUGUGGGCUGCAGUGGAACAAUGUAUAAAAUAGUUAUUUAGAAUGUUAUUUAUUGUAUAUAAGCUUGACUUUAAUAAAGGAGGAUAUCCAA